AUGGUUUCUCCAUGUCCGGAAGCCCCCGCCUUGAGCCGGGCCCCAGCCCUGACACUCGCUUCUCCCGUGGCGAGGCAGAGCUCGGGGGCUGAUGUCGGGCUGAGGUCGGGCUCGGCGGAUUGCCCGGUGGUGCUGGCGUCAGUCGGCAAAUCCAAGCGCUGGACCUCGGCCGCGAGGAGCCGGGAAUCACCCCAGGUGCCAGUGACGUUCAAUGACAUUUCGGUGUACUUCAACGAGCAGGAGUGGGAGAGACUGGAGCGCUGGCAGAAGGACCUGUACAGGGCUGUGAUGAGGGGGAACUACGAGACGCUGAUCUCCCUGGACUACGCUGUGUCCAAGCCUGACGUCCUGUCCCAGAUCGAGAGGGAUGAGGAGCUCUGCAUCCGAGGUGCCCAGGAGCCCCCACCGACGUGCGUCCGAGGUGCCCAGGAGCCCCCACCGGCGCGUACCAGCGAAAGUCAGGAGCCCUCACAGGCGCCAGAAGAGAUGGACCAGAUGGAAGAGGCUCUGGGAGAAGACGAAGCCCCCAUGGAAGCUGGCACGGGCUCUGCUGUGUCCAAGCCUGACGUCCUGUCCCGGAUCGAGAGGGAUGAAGAGCUCUGCGUCCGAGACAGCCAGGAGCCCCCACAAGCAGGCGGCCCUGAUGGCCAGGAGCCCCCACAGACACCAGAAGAGAUGGACCAGAAGGAAGUGGCUUUGGGAGAAGAUCAAGUCCCCAUGGAAGCCGGCACAGAACUGCCCAUCCUGUUGAUGAACGUCAUGUCCCUGAGUGCCCAAAAAGCGGAGCUGCGCCGGGAAGAUGAGGCAGGGAUGGAGGAGGACCCAGCUGAGUCCAGCACCAAGGAAAGCUCUUCGCUGGGAAGUGAAAUGGCGCGCGAAGGGGCUUCUCCUCAGAAUGUCAAGGUGAAGGAAGAGGAACCCAAGGCGUUGCAAGAGGUUUCUGCGCCCUCUCCCGGCCCAGACAUCGAGAAUUGCUCCAAAACCGAGCAGGCCAAGGCCAAGAGCAAGAAGAAGCCGAGCCGGUGCACGAGCAGCAGACUGCUGAUGGGCAACUGCCGGCGCGGCUAUGUGCGUGAGUGGUCGCACCCCUGCACCGAGUGCGGGAAGCGUUUCCGUCUGAAAAUCAACCUCAUCAUCCACCAGCGGAGCCACGCCAAAGAGGGGCCCUACGAGUGCACGACGUGCGAGAUCAGCUUCGCCGACAAACGCCACCUGGACCUUCACCAGAGCAUCCACGUCAAGGACAGGGCCUUCGGGGCCAAGGUCUGGGGGAACGUCCACCCGGAGCUGAGGAUCCGGCCGAGGAGGAAGUUCUGCGGGGUUUUCUGCGGAGACGCCCACAGCCUGGGCAGCGGGACCUACGCCGGGGGGCCCUGGCUGGGCCCGGCCCGGGAGGAGCUGGACAGAGGGAACCUGUCUGGCGCGUGCUUCUCCCGACAGCAGAGCCCCAGGUCUCGUAGGAAGCCUGCGCAGAAAUGCAGCCUUUGCAAAAAGAUUUUCUCUUGUACCUUUUCCCUUCAGCGGCACCUGCAGACCCACGUGGCGGACAGGCCCUACUGCUGCGCCACCUGCAAGAAAUGCUUCACCCGCAAGACUCACCUCCUGCGCCACGAGAAGAUCCACGAGCGCCAGAAAGCCCUG